UACUACUAAAAAUUUACAACCGUAAUAAAAUGUGAAUUUGGCAUUGUUGAAAAAAAUUAAGAAUGUUAAAUUGAUUGAAAGUGCUAAAAAUUUCAUUUCUAACAGAAUUAAUUUAUAAUUAUUAUUAUUUUUACAUUAGGUAAAAAAAUAAAUAAAAAAAAAACCUUUUCAAUUUUCAUUGCUUUUGUCAUUCUUAUCUACUGUAAGUGCAUUUAAACUACUGAUCGGCUAAAGUUUCUGAUACAUAUAGGCAAAAAGAAGACAUCGAAGAGUCGAUUUUGUAAUUUUAACAAAAAAAAUUAUUGUUAGUAAUUUCAUUUGAACAUACGUCGAGCCAGACCAUGCUCACGUCUGCUGUAAGGGGAAUUGUUCGUCGCUCAUUUUCUACAUCAAAAUGGGUUGCUACACAACAGAUGACCGUAAGAGAUGCAUUAAAUACGGCGUUGGAUGACGAAAUGGAACGCGAUGAACGAGUCUUUUUAAUGGGUGAAGAAGUAGCUCUUUACGAUGGAGCCUAUAAAGUAUCACGAGGUCUUUGGAAAAAAUAUGGCGAUAAACGAGUUAUUGAUACCCCAAUUACUGAAGCAGGAUUUGGUGGUCUUGCUGUUGGAGCUGCUAUGGCUGGACUACGACCAGUUUGUGAAUUUAUGACAUUCAAUUUCGCGAUGCAAGCAAUUGAUCAAAUAAUUAAUUCAGCAGCCAAAACAUUUUACAUGUCAGCAGGAAGAGUAAAUGUACCAAUUGUGUUCCGAGGUCCUAAUGGAGCUGCUGCUGGAGUUGGAGCCCAACAUUCACAGUGUUUCGGUGCUUGGUAUGCACAUUGUCCAGGAUUAAAAGUUAUUUCUCCUUACAGUAGUGAAGAUUGUAGAGGUCUGCUCAAAGCUGCUAUUCGUGAUCCUGAUCCUGUUGUAUUUUUGGAAAACGAAAUUCUUUAUGGUGUUCAAUUUCCAAUGGCUGAUGAAGCUCUUUCAAAAGACUUCGUUAUACCAAUUGGAAAAGCAAAAAUAGAACGUGCUGGAAAUCAUGUUACUCUUGUGGCACAUUCCAAAGCCGUUGAACUUGCCUUAGAGGCUGCUAUUCAGCUUGCUGGUAAAGGAAUAGAAGCAGAAGUUAUUAAUCUACGAUCUUUAAGGCCUUUAGACACUGAAACUAUUCUUAAAUCUGCUGCUAAGACUCAUCAUGUUAUUACAGUAGAACAAGGAUGGCCGUCAUGCGGUAUAGGAGCUGAAAUUUGUGCUAGAAUUAUGGAAAGUGAAACUUUCUAUCAUCUCGAUUCACCUGUAAUUCGAGUAACUGGUGCUGAUGUUCCCAUGCCAUAUACCAAAUCGUUAGAAGCGUUGGCUUUACCACAGCCACAGGAUAUUAUUCUUGCAGUAAAUAAAGUUCUAGGAGUAUCACAGUAGCAAAAUUAUAAAAUGAUUAAAGUAUAAAUAAAUUUCUUCAUAUCAAUUUAGUGCUUUUUGAAGAAAGUUACUUACCAACACUGAAGUUAAGAAAAACAAUAGUUGAUUAAAAUUUAUUUUCAGUUAUUUUCGUUCAAUAUCCGGUAUUUAUCUUUCUUUGAAAGUAUUACCAAUGGUUGAUAUUAUACCAAAUAAAAACAGUUAAAUUAUUUUAAAAAAAUAUAAAUAAUGUAAUGUGAAUAUGUGAAUACAAUUUGUGGCGUUUUUACAUGAUGAAAUUAUGUUACUUGUUAUUAAUUAUUUAUAACGAAAAGUGAAAAUAAUAAACAAUGAAUUGUAA